UGUGUCAUGAUCACAGAUUACGCAUCUACACAUAUAAUAUUCGAUUAUGUCAACGUGAGCAUUAAGUAUCGGGGCAGCAAUGUAGGAAUUGGAUUUAACAAUGGAACUCUUGUAAGAAACCCAUACUCCUUAAGUCCUAGUACACAUCAGAUGAGCACCCAAAUCGGGAAUACAGGAUUGUUUGGACUUUGGUUCUACACAGUGACCCAGGAUACAAGGAAAGAAGAGGUCUAUGUAACAGAUGUUGUUGGGAUUGUCUUGGGCGUACUGCUAGCUGUCGUGUCUAUUAUUUCUGUGGUUCUGUGUGUGAUAGCUGCUCAUUUUAGAACACAGCGGUAAAGUUUAAAUACAUCUCCAUUCAUUGAUCUUUUUACGAAAGGAAUUUUCCUGAAUGGAUGGUACAAAUACCGUAUAGCGGGGUUUUCCGCGGGGUUAUAAUUUUGGCUUAUUUUAGCGGGUAAG